AUGGAGCUCGUUGUACAAGACUCGCCGCUGGCUGAGUAUCUAGAGGGCCAAGGUCGAGGAUCAACACCACCGUCGCCUACGGGCUCGCCUACGCAUAAGCACGCAACCACCAGCUUCGCGCCCCGGGGGCCGUCCACACUACAGUCACGCAUACGGGAUAAGCUGCCACAGCCGCUGCGGGUACGCGUUGGUCAGAAUGGCGCCGCUGCUCGCAUUCACAGUGCUUUCUCGAGAGCAGUAAAUUCACGCCUAGGCCGCGCCGAUAACCAGCGAUUCCUCGAACACUUCCGCUACCUCAUUGUCGCCUCUCAACUGCUGAACGAACCUGAACGCCUUCGAGCGACCGCCAUCCCCCAAUUCGCGGCCGCCGGCCCGCCAACCGAAUUCCAAGUUGCCACUAUCAGCGUGACAGGCGCAGCGUUGACAGCGGCGACUGCCUUCACGCUGGUAUGGCUUAUACAUUGGUCGCGGGAGCAAGCGUCUGGCUUUAGCUGGGGUAGAUUUUCCCUCGUGGUCGCAAUCUUCGCCGCUGUGGCCACGGCAUGUUAUGCCUACGUGCGCCGGCAGUGGCUGCAGUACCUCCGCCAACAAGCCGUGGAAGGUGCUUCGGCCCUGGUCACAAAUCUUCAGGCGUUCGAGGCCUCAACGUCAUCCGCGCUCGCAUUGAUCCAAGAAGUGGAGCUUGUUUCAAGGGGCUACCGACUAAGCAGCCCUCUCCCUCCAAUCUCAAGAAUCGAGGAGACAGGCCAAGCCCGUCGUUGCCACCGCCUUCGUCGAACGCUCCAUGCCGCAUACGCCGAGACCGUACCUAUCUUCCUCGACCAAAGUGGAGUUCUUAAGCAGCUGGUCGAAGAGGAUGAUUUAGAGAGAUACCUUGACGUGUACGACGUUAGCAAUCCAGAUCUACAAGAUGCCGCGCAAGGGUACACUGAGUCGGAGUUUGAGGACAAUGAAUCUCUGAAGGCGCUUCGUGUACUCCAAUAUCGCCUCUCUACGCUACGUCGGGUCUACCUCUGCUCACUACUCUCUUUGGAAGCAGAUGGCGGCAAACCUGACUUUGCAAGGUGGUCGGCUGUAGUGGACUCCAUGGUCAUCCUGGCUGCCGCGGCUUGUGAUUGGACCGAGAAAUUCAACCGCAUCGUUGCGGAAGAAGAACAGCCACUCCCGUCGCCUCUAAAGAUUCACCCUACACCUCAUCGGGAACGCAUACGUAGCUCUGUUCGCAAGCUCAGUGGCUUAUCCUCCGGCAUCCGCGGGCUCCAGGCCAAGAUGCAAAUCCUCCGCGAAGAAUCAAACAAGAGCUUGGAAGACUCCGAAGACGUAGGCGAGCUCGGAAGCCAUCUGAUGGCACAGUACGACUCGAUUGGCACCGAUCUCAAGAACCUCGUCCAAGCGUGGGAAGCGGGUCGAAGUGCUCUCGCAAUGAACAUAGACCGACACGAGCGUCGCGUAUCACAAGCCUCCAGUGGGUUGCGAUCGCCCGUGCCCAGUCUCGGUGGCCUAACCGCUGUUGAUGAAGGCAGCCCCUCCGAUGCACUCCGCGCUCUCAACGGCGAGCUGCUGAGCCCGCAGGUGUCUGCCCCAGCGAGCGAAGGAAGUAACUCCGACGACGAGAUCUUCGAAGCGAUUGCCAUACCUAAGACUAGGCUGUCGAUGACGAGAGAAGAGCGCAUGCACAAGAUCCAGGAAGAUCGUGGGCGCCAGGCGUCAGCCCGCGAGGCAAGAGAAGCUAAUAACAAUGUUAUGAAAGAGCUGGAGUCUGUGCUGAAGAACGCGAGGCCUAUGGGGCGGAUUGGGCCCGCGGGGAGAAUAACGAGCAUAUGA